GUAGGGCGCACACAGUCAUCUUCUGAUUGUUUGUGUUUGUUUACCUACAUUUAGUGAAGGCCAUUCUGUCGCAAACAUCAGAAUUGUUGCUGUCUACUGCAUAACCCUCCUUUGAUUGUCGUUUCUUCUUCCUACUCUUGUUCUCCAUUCAUUGACCUCUCUUGCCAUUUACACGUAUCUGCAAGGAAGCAUCAGCAAUUGAAAACUUCUAUUCUGCACCAUGGCAUCAUCAUUCCCUCCCGAGCCAGUCUCUACUAUAGAUUGGUCUAAUGUCGGCUUCAAAAUACGCGAGGUCAACGGCCAUAUCGAAUCCCACUACUCCGUCCAGACCGGCGAAUGGUCACCGCUGAAAUGGGUUGAGGACCCUUAUAUCAGAAUUCACGGUAUGGCGCCGGCACUCAACUACGGAGUACAGGCCUACGAGGGCCUCAAGGCCUUCCGCGGCCCUGGCGAUAAGACCAUCCAGAUAUUCCGCCCCGACCGCAACGCCACGCGCCUGCAACACUCGGCGUCAUUCAUUUGCAUCCCUCCCGUCCCGGUCCAGCUUUUUAUGGACGCCGUGGCUGCAGCCGUUGCACGCAACGCCGAGUACGUUCCACCACACGAGACGGGUGCCGCCAUGUACAUCCGUCCACAAAUCUACGGUUCUUCGGCCCAAUUGGGGCUCAACCCGUGCGAAGAAUACACAUUUGCCGUCUACGUACUGCCCACGGGCGUCUACCACGGCACGGCCCCCACAAAGGCUUUCAUCCUGGACGAGUUUGACCGCGCUGCGCCCAACGGGACCGGAAGCGCAAAGGUCGGCGGUAACUACGCGCCAGUUCUCAAGUGGGGAGAAAAGGCCAGGGCCGAGGGCUACGGGAUAAACUUGCACCUUGAUUCGGCAACCCACUCUGAAAUCGACGAGUUCUCGACGAGUGGUUUUAUUGGUGCGAUUGACGAUGGUCAGGGUAACAUCACCAUUGUGGUUCCAGAUUCCAAAAAUGUGAUCGACAGUGUGACGAGUCAAAGCAUCCAGGACAUUGGUGCAAGCUUUGGCUGGAAGGUUGAGAAGCGAUCCAUCAAAUACUCGGAGUUGCCCACAUUCAGCGAGGUGAUGGCAGCAGGGACAGCAGCGUCGCUCGUGCCUAUUCGUUCUAUUACUAGAAAGAUCAGCUCCUCCGACCCCAAAUCCCUGGCCGCGACCGUCAAACAACAUCCGCGUCUUGAUGUAACGGUAGAUCAGGAAACAACCAUUUAUGUCCCCUCAUCUCAACCGGAUGCCGGGCCGAUCUGCACCAAGCUGCUUUCACAAUUGAAGGGCAUCCAGCUUGGUAAAGUCAAGGACGAAUUUGGUUGGAACCACAUAGUUACCGAGGCAGAUGCGAAAAAGGCAACAUGAGUUAUUGAAGCGAGCUUACCUGGUACUUGAUGCAUCAUACACAAAGCUAUGAGGUAUGGGAUGAACGAGGGGUGGUCAAGGGCAUUCUCCGAGCAUAUAUGCUUAUCGGCAAGCCCUAGUUGCCGUCAAGUUGUCAACAGUCCAAAAUAGCGUUCCAUUGGAUAGACAAAUCAGCCGCCCAUUGGCAAAAGGCGGGCAGAACCGCGACGGUGGUGUGCCCCAAAUCCUAAUCACCUGUAAGAAAUGAAAUUGGUUAGGCUCGCUGGCCCAUCUUUUGAUGCGGUGACAUGACUUGUGCCUUCAUUUCACGUUACUGUGCAAUGAUCUGAUGGGCUUCGUCACGCAGCAUUUUGUGCAAUU